AUGCCAUCAGUUGGGCCAGGUUUGCCACCAGCGAAUGCUGAGAAAAGAAAGCGUGAUGCUACAAAUGAGGAUGAUGAAAUAAUUCCACACUCUCCGCAAUCACUCGCCUCAGGAUCGAGCUCCCCAUCCACUUCUGCAAAGAAACCUCGUACAAUUGGACCCACACUUCCACCUGCAAGCCUAGAUGAACGACCUGUGCAACCACCAGAAACAGAUGCGGAUAGCAGCAGUGAUGAUGACGAUUUCGGCCCGAGCUUGCCUACAGUAAAGUCUCAAAAGCUAGCAGUCGCUACUAACGAAGCUUCAGAGGUAACGGCACAUGACUCGCAACCUCCAGCACCUAUGAAGAGCAUGAGAGACGAAUGGAUGAUUGUGCCGCCUUCUAGUGACGACUGGUCUUCCCGCGUCGAUCCUACAAAACUCAAGAAUCGCAAGUUCAACACCGGAAAGGGGUCUAAAGCGCCGGCACAAAAUACAGGCCAAAAAACGAACGGGAAUUGGACGGAGACGCCCGAUGAGAGAAAGGCAAGGCUGCAACGGGAAAUGAUGGGGAUCAAGGAUAUCUCAGUUGCCAAAGAUUCUCCCAAAGAUGAUGCCACGGCAAGAGAUAAUGCUAGGAAGCUACGUGAAUACAAUGUGAGUGAAGUGCCCAGAGUUGUUGCCGAUUCUGGGUUUGACAAAGAACAGGAGCAGUCAAGAGGUUCAACACUCUACACGGAGCACCAGAAGACAAAUCCUCAGGAGAAAGAAGAUGAUCCGAGUGCAAGGGCUUUCGAUCGUGAAAAGGAUAUUGCUGGUGGCAUGAGGAUCAACCACACGCAGAGAAAAGCACUUGUGAACAAGGCUGCAGACUUCGGCUCACGGUUCAGCAGUGGAAAAUUCUUAUGA